AGAAGCUAAAUUGCCUAUACACCCAAGUGAAACGGGUAAUUUAUUAGAGGGGACGAUCAUUCAACGGAUAUAUGAACUAGAAAAUGAUCUACCAACGGCACAAAACCAAACCAUGGAACGCAUUAAAGCCCAACAGCAAAAACAAAAGGAUAGACACGAUCGACAGAUCAAAGCCACCCCCGACUUUAAUAUAGGAGAUAAAGUAUAUGUUGAAGAUACGCGAAAGAUGAAAACUCAUAGCCAUAAGAUG